GGCCCCCCGUUCCCAGAAUUACUUAGCACACGUUGGUGUCGGGAGUUAACCUGCGGGUGGCGCCAACCUGCAAACCGGAUGCAACCCGUGGGUAUAUUUCAGCACGUUCCCUUUUUGCAACCACAAACUGUUAUCUAUUGGUUUACUGGUUUGUACUGUUGUUUGUACUGUUGUUUAUACGGUAGUUUAUACUUUAUACUGGUUUACUGCUUUACUGCUUUGUACGGUAGCUUAUACGGUGGUUUAUACUUUAUACUGGUUGACUGAUUUACUGCUUUACUGCUUUAUACUAUUGUUUAUAUGGUGGUUUAUACUGGUUUAUACUUUUGU